CGUGUUGCUAUUUAAGCCCAAACGGCUAAACCCUCGUUGUAGAUAAAAUUUGAGGUCGUCGCUGCCCCCAUUUGACCACAUCCAACAUGCCUCGCCGAAACUCUGGAAGAUCUGCUUCUCGCCCAGCCCCUCGUCCUGCUCCGGCACGUAGCCCACCGCCUCAACCUGCUCAACAUGCUCCUCCUCCAGCUCCUGCUCAGAGUGGAAGUGGGGGAUCCCUUCUUGGAGGCAUAGGCUCAACAAUAGCUCAGGGCAUGGCUUUUGGAACUGGAAGUGCUGUAGCCCACAGGGCUGUCGAUGCUGUUAUGGGUCCUCGUACUAUUCAACAUGAAACUGUUGUUUCCGAGGCUGCAGCAGCCCCUGCCAAUAGUUUUACCGGCUCUGAUGCAUGCAGCAUACACUCUAAGGCAUUCCAAGACUGCCUGAAUAGCUAUGGGAACGAAAUCAGCAAGUGUCAGUUCUACAUGGAUAUGUUGUCUGAGUGCAGGAAGAACUCUGGAUCAAUGUUGGGUGCCUAAAUUUAUGCCUCAUUUGUUGCUUCUACAAUGCAAUGUCAGCUUUGGCCUUCACUUCUGUUUCUCUUUUAUUGAUGAUGAUGAUGAAGCUGAACUCCCUUCAAUGAUUCAAUAAUAUUUAUCUUUACUGGCUGAA